GUGCGUCACAGUCGCUCUCCUGCUCCGGCUAGUUCCUCCUCCCUUCCUCCCUCCCUCGCUCACGCUCAUCCCCUCCCCUCCCCUGCUUCUCCCCCUCUUCCCAAGCCCCCCGAUUCACAGCCGCAAUUCACGCCAUGAGAGGGGAAGCCGAGCUACAUAGCCCCCGCUAGCUUCUCCGCUGCAGCUCCCGGCGCAAGAAUCCGCGGUCAUCUUCCACGCUCCCGUCCGUCCAAGAAAGAUGCGGCCUCCGCGGGGGGAUCUCGCCGUCCUCUGCUGCUGCUGCUUCCUCCUCCUCCCUUUCCUGUCCCAUGGCAAGGACAUGCCCCUGGGCUCCACCCUCACGCCGGGCGGCAACUCGGCCGCGUGGUCGUCGCCCAACUCCACCUUCUCCCUCGCCUUCGCGCCGUCCCCGACCGCGCCCUCGCUCUCCGUCGCCGCGGUCACCUACGCCGGCGGCAUCUCCGUCUGGUCCGCGGGCGCCGGCGCGCCCGUCGACUCGGGGGGCUCGCUCCGCCUCACGUCCACCGGCGACCUGCAGCUGGUCAACGGCUCCGGCGCCGUGCUCUGGUCGUCCGGCACCGCCGGCCGGGGCGUCUCCGCGGCCGCCCUCCAGGAGAGCGGCAACCUCGUGCUCAAGAACUCCACGGGGGGCGCCCUGUGGCAGUCCUUCGACCACCCGACGGACACCGUGGUCAUGUCCCAGAACUUCGCCUCCGGCAUGAACCUCACCUCGGGCCCCUACGUCUUCGCCGUCGACCGGGCCACCGGCAACCUCACGCUCAAGUGGGCCACCGCCGGCUCCGCCACCGUCACCUACUUCAACAAGGGCUACAACUCCACCUUCACCGCCAACAAGACGCUCAGCUCCCCGACGCUCACGAUGCAGACCAACGGCAUCGUCUCCCUCACCGACGGCACGCUCAACGCCCCCGUCGUCGUCGCCUACAGCAGCAACUACGGCGAGAGCGGCGACAUGCUGCGCUUCGUGCGCCUCGACUCGGACGGCAACUUCCGCGCCUACAGCGCCGGGCGCGGCAGCGGCACGGCGACGGAGCAGUGGUCCGCGGUGGCCGACCAGUGCGAGGUGUUCGGCUACUGCGGCAACAUGGGCGUGUGCGGCUACAACGGCACGUCGCCGGUGUGCGGGUGCCCGUCGCUGAACUUCGAGCUCAACGACGCCAACAACCCCCGCAGCGGGUGCAAGCGCAAGGUGGAGCUCCAGAACUGCCCGGGCAACUCCACCAUGCUCCAGCUCGACAACACGCAGUUCCUCACCUACACGCCGGAGAUCACCACCGAGCAGUUCUUCGUCGGCAUCACCGCGUGCCGCCUCAACUGCCUGUCCGGCAGCUCCUGCGUCGCCUCCACCGCGCUCUCCGACGGCUCCGGCCUCUGCUUCCUCAAGGUGUCCAACUUCGUCAGCGCAUACCAGUCGGCGUCGCUCCCCAGCACGUCCUUCGUCAAGGUCUGUUUCCCCGGCCAGGCCAACCCGCCCCUCAGCACCGGCGGCUCGUCCUCCUCGGGGUCCUCCGGCCUGCGCGGGUGGGUCGUGGCGCUGGUCGUCCUCGGCGUGGUGUCCGGGCUGGUCCUCGCCGAGUGGGCGCUGUGGUGGGCGUUCUGCCGGAACAGCCCGAAGUACGGGCCGGCGUCUGCGCAGUACGCGCUGCUGGAGUACGCGUCCGGCGCGCCGGUGCAGUUCUCGUACCGCGAGCUGCAGCGGUCGACCAAGGGGUUCAAGGAGAAGCUGGGCGCGGGCGGGUUCGGCGCCGUGUACCGCGGCGUGCUGGCGAACCGGACGGUGGUGGCGGUGAAGCAGCUGGAGGGGAUCGAGCAGGGGGAGAAGCAGUUCCGGAUGGAGGUGGCCACCAUCAGCAGCACGCACCACCUCAACCUGGUCCGCCUCAUCGGCUUCUGCUCCGAGGGCCGGCACCGCCUGCUCGUCUACGAGUUCAUGAAGAACGGCUCGCUGGACUCCUUCCUCUUCGGCGCCGGCAGCAGCAGCGACAGCGGCAAGGCGAUGUCGUGGGCGACGCGGUUCGCGGUGGCCGUGGGCACGGCGCGCGGCAUCACGUACCUGCACGAGGAGUGCCGCGACACCAUCGUGCACUGCGACAUCAAGCCGGAGAACAUCCUGCUCGACGAGCAGCACAACGCCAAGGUGUCCGACUUCGGCCUCGCCAAGCUCAUCAACCCCAAGGACCACCGGCACCGGACGCUCACCAGCGUGCGCGGCACCAGGGGGUACCUCGCGCCGGAGUGGCUCGCCAACCUGCCCAUCACCGUCAAGUCGGACGUGUACAGCUACGGCAUGGUGCUGCUCGAGACGGUGAGCGGCCACCGCAACUUCGACAUCUCGGAGGAGACGAACCGGAAGAAGUUCUCGGUGUGGGCGUACGAGGAGUACGAGAAGGGGAACCUCCUGCCCAUCGUGGACCGGCGGCUGGCCGGGGAGGAUGUGGACAUGGCGCAGGUGGAGCGCGCGCUGCAGGUGAGCUUCUGGUGCAUCCAGGAGCAGCCGUCGCAGCGGCCGAGCAUGGGCAAGGUGGUGCAGAUGCUGGAGGGGAUCAUGGAGCUGGAGCGGCCGCCGCCGCCCAAGUCGUCGGACAGCUUCAUGACGGUGACGACGGCCACCACGGGCGGCGGGUCGGGCAGCGGCGUGAGCAGCAGCGUGGCGUCCACGUUCGCGUCGUCGGUGGCGGCGCCUCCGGCGCCCGUGCCGUCGCCGAACGUGGAGCAGGAGAUGUCCGUGGGGCGGUCGGCCUCCGCCCGCACCCGCGAGAUCGCGUCGCUCCCGCUGCGCUCGUCGGAGCCGUACAUGACAAUGUAACAUUGCCGGCGUCAGUCUUCUCCGGCGCAGUGAAAACGAUGGAAAAUUCGUCCGUGCUCGGAUCGAAGGGAAACCGCGCAGAUCAUCGAGCGAGUCAGUGAAUUGGUAGGGUGGUCUAGCUCUAGGAUCUGCUUGGUUUUGUUCUUGGUGGAGAGCAUGGAGCUGCUCUGCCUUUUGAGAUUUGGCAUGGUUGAGAAGCAUGCAUGUAUGUGCCAGAUGAACCACAAUUUGUAAGUAAUAGAACUAGACCGAACGCUACUAAUCGUAAUUUGCACAUGUACAAACAAUUCAAAUUUGAGGCAGAGUAUUGUAGGAUGAGGGGCGAAAUUUGUGAUGCA